AUGAAUUCACAAUCGGAACAUGAUUUAAACAAACAUCAAGACCCUGAUCAAGCUACAAGUUUACCGAAUGUAUCCAUUGAAAAUAUUACAUCAGAGCAAAAUGAUUCAAAUUUAAACAAUGAUACUGAACUAAUAAUCAACAAACAAACAUCAGUUUAUGUGAUUGAUUCAACAGGACGUUUAAGUCUUAUUGAUAUGAAUUCACAAAAUUUUCAAGAAACAAAUGAUCGUAUUUUAAAUUCACCGCCCCAAAUAUCACAAGGAAAUCAAAAUGAUGACCUAGCUAGUCUCUUGAAAUCCUUUAAUUUAUAUGACGAACUUUAUACUUUUUUAAAAGGCAAACACAUAAAUGUAGAAGGUCUAAAAUAUAUACAGAAACAUCACAUGGAUAAGUUGUUUGAAGGAUUUGACAACUUUAAUACAAGAAUUGUUUUCGAACACAAACUUGGCAUCUGGCAAAGUUCUAACGGUAUUUUUAAUCUGAGUUCGCAGAGUACUUUAACAAAUCAAUCAAUAGCAUCUUGGAUUCGUGAAACUAAUAGUCCAUCAUGUAGUCCAUCAUAUAGUCCAUCAUCAAAUAGUAAUGCUUCAGAAAGUGAUAUUAUGGUUUUUGACAUACUCAACAAAACUGAGCAGGGAAAAGCUUUAAUUACGAACUACAAGAAAAAUAAUAAUUUAAAACCUGAAGAUCGAACCAAUGUCGUACGAAAAAUAAUUCAACACUACACCGAAAACAACAAAAAUCUUUCUGUUAAGGGAUGUGCUAAGCUCGCAGAACAAAUUGUUAGCAUUUUUCCGACUGAACAAAAAGCAACCUACUAUGUUCCAGGAGUGAAAAGAGGUCCCCCAAAAGGCAAACUUUACGACCGAUAUAGAGGACAAAGAAGGGCAAUGAAAAAAUUAGGAGUAUAUGAGUGCCCUUCGACUUCCAAUGCGAAGAAAACCAAAGUUCAGGCGGAUGUUGUCGAGGAAGAUAUAAACAAAGACUCUUUAAGCGAGGUUGAGCUGUUAAGCAUUUUUAACCAACUAAAACACAACCGGAAUUGGGAAAUCGUUCUCCCACAGUGGGUUCAGACAGUAAGACUUCGUAGAGAAAUGAUCGACAAAAAUAAUGACUCUGGUCUAUCACAAAUCUUUUUGGACUGGCCUCUUUAUAAAUAUUCAAAAGCACAAGAACUGAUUGAAAUAGACUACAAAUUCAUGAAGCCUGGGAAAACAUUCCAAUUUGAAAAAUGGGAGAUUUUUUGUAGGCACGCCCUAGAUUUUUUUUCGGAACGGAUUAAAACAAGCUUUCUGAAAACGUAUCUACACGAUUUCAGAAUAAAACUAGAUUCGGGAAUGCUUGAUAUGGAUAACAUCAACCUGGGAUAUGUCCAACUUCUUCACGGAGUUUUGACACCGGCAGCCAGGAAGUUCCAGGGAAAAUCCAAAAAAUUUACUAUCGAUGAUUCCGUGUCAGCUUUUAAUCUGGAGGUGAAGCAGGCAGCCGACAUAGACAGUUUUCUGGACAAGAGGCGAGAGGAGUGCCUCCAGCAAAAAGUAAAACUUCAGCCUCUCAUAAUUGUUGUGGGAGAAAAGUUUAGUUUUAAGGAUUUUUACGUUGCGAUAGACAACGUGAAGUAUAAAAUGCAAUCAUAUUUGGAAUGCAUUGACUUUUAUUUAAAAAUGACUUACGUUUUAAAUAUUGAAUAUCCUCCACAAUGUCUUUCAGUGUGGACAUUUAUACAAAUUUUUUUGUUUGAAAUUGAUGAUGGGGACAUAAUCCCAUCGGUGCAGACUUUUAUAAAUGAUAUACUCCAUUCUUAAAAAUAAUAAAACAAAUCUUUAAUUCAUGUGUAAGUUUUUUAUUUAUACUCGUUAACAUGUGUAUAAGCUGAUAAUGAUAUCGACAUUCUCCUGACCCAAAAACGAAAAGAGUGUAUUCAAAAAUUGGUGUACUAACUUAAAUACUCAGGCAUUUUUACCUCUUGCUAAGGUAAAAACAUGGUAAAAAACACCCUAGUGGAGGGUAAAAUUACCUAAGCAAACUUAUGUAAAUUUACCUAAAUUUAAGGCAAACAUUUUGUAUAUUACCUUAAAUACUCAGGCAUUUUUACCUCUUGCUAAGGUAAGAACAUGGUAAAAAACACCCUAGUGGAGGGUAAAAUUACCUAAGCAAACUUACGUAAAUUUACCUAAAUUUAAGGCAAACAUUUUGUAUAUUACCUUAAAUACUCAGGCAUUUUUACCUCUUGCUAAGGUAAGAACAUGGUAAAAAACACCCUAGUGGAGGGUAAAAUUACCUUAGCAAACUUACGUAAAUUUACCUAAAUUUAAGGCAAACAUUUUGUAUAUUACCUUAAAUACUCA